AUACCUUUAGAGGUGAAUACAGGCCUCUACUUCAACUACCCAUGUCGACGUCAGAGCUGUGCUAAUGUAAACAUCCCAGCUCCAUGUGUCAACAAAACAAUCUCACACAUUGAAGAGGUGGAGUCAAAAAUACAGGGGCGUAUGAAACAGUUUGAAACUUAUUACUGGGAAUGGAGAAAAACUUGUCCCACAAAGGACCUAAAAGAAGAUUUGAGUAUUGAAGGACCAGUGGAAGAGGUCAAACCAGAAGAAGAGAGAGAUGAAAAGUGUCCUGAGUUAAAGAAAGAAAUGGAAACAUUGCUGUCAGAGACGAUCCAUCUCAUUAAAUGUCUAGAAACUGACCGGGCAAUUGCCGAAGAAACUUUAAAUCAACAAAAAUUAAGAAAGGGAAAGAUUACCACAAAAAUUGAUGCGUGGUCAAUCUGGAAACUUCAAGAACUCCCACUAGCUGUGCAGAAAGAACAUGAUGCCUACUUGAGAGACAUUAUGGAAUUACAAUGGCAUCUGGAAGGUAGAAUUCGUCAACUGGAACAUGUGGAGAAACAAAAGACAAAGCUAGAAGAAGCCAACUCGAAGGUUCAAAGGGACAUCGACUACAUGCUUCAAUAUGGCCCUCUACUGCGAUCAAAGCGGCAGCAGGAAGUCAAAGCUCUGAAGGAGCGUUCUCAAAAGGAAGCUGAGGUAAUGGAAAUGUUCAGACAAGUUCAUGAAACACUUGAAGAAGCUAAAGACGCCUUUGAAAAUGCCAAAUUGAAAGCUAAACAAGCUAAAGAAGAAAUGGAAAAAGAUAUUUCCUGUGAUAAAGCAAGCAUAGAGAACUACAAGAAAGACCUGGUUAAACUUAACAACUUAUUUAUUCGCUACUCUACAUCAAUAAAAAACACCAAUAUUCAUAUAGAAGAAAAACAAGAGAUAAUGAAUGAGACAUUGAAAGAAACAAAGUCAUCAAAAGAAGAAAUGGCUUCUUUGUCAAAAACCCUUGCAGAUAUGAAACAACUUUAUGAGGACCAGUGUUUGAAGCAAAAUGGAUAUCAACAGCAGUAUUUGGAAGUACUCAAUAAGUUUUAUGCCUCAAAAAGUACAUGGAAUAUUGAGCUUUCUAACUUGAAAAAAGACUUUUCAGAGAUUUCAAUAGCACAUUCUCGAGCAGCAGAAGAAAGGAGUAGACUUUUACUUGAUUUGGACAACAUAACAAAGGAAAUCAAUGUCAGCAAAAGGAGAAAAAAUGAGUAUGAGAUGGAGAUUCAAUCUUUGCUGAAAAUGAAAGCAAAGAAUGAAGAGUUUCUCAAAUAUCUCUACAAGGAGGCGUAUCACAUCGGUUCUCACUUCCAUCUAGCCAAAUAUAGAGUAGAAGGUUUAGAAGAUAAAAUAGCAGAAGCCAGAAGAAAAUUCAAGGCUAGAGAAGAUUUCUUGAAAAGACGUAUCCGAAAUCAGAUGACUACGGGGAUGAUACUUCAGAACAAAAUUUAUUCCAUUCAAGAAAAUCAGUUAAUUGAGAAAAAAGAGCUUUUGAAAGAGAGAGCAGUAUAUGCUCUAGCACUGCAAGAAAUACUGGAACCUCUGCUCACACUAGAUAAUGAUUCUGUACAACUGAAAUUGCUCCAUGAAGAACAGAGUCAGUUACUGAAUGACAUAGUUGUAAAGAGGGAUUUUGUUAGAAAGAAGGUGGAAAAAACAAAGAAAAAAUUACGAAGAAAGGGGAAGAAAACUCGUGUUGCCCUAAUGGAAACUGAGGAUAAACGUUCAGCAGUUUUUGAAGAGUUAGAGUCAGCUAAAGACAAAACGAAUGCUUUUAAUGUAAAAAUAAUUGAUUUGAAAAUAGAAUUAAAAGAACAGGAACAGGAGAAUUUAGAUUUUGAAAAGAAAAUCGAACAGUUAAAGGAGAACUUUUUAGUUGUAAGAUAUAAAAGGGAGAAUGCACAAAAUAUAUUUGAGCAUUUCAUGGAGAAGAAAAAACUCUGUGAAGAGAGAAUCUUUGAUGAAGACAAGAAAUUUACAGUGCUCUUUGAAACAAGGCAAAAGACUCUGGAAGAUAUUAAAAAAUUGCAAGAUAAUUCCCUGGAAGAAAAUCUACGUUUAGCUCAAGAAUAUCAAAAACUACUGGAAAUUUUCUUAGCCGAAAAGGACAAAUUCUUCAAUAUAUAUAGCAGAAAGCUAUCAAUUGAUGCUACUGUUAGAGAUAAGAAAGAGCUCUGUCAGCUGCAGAGAAACAUUCACAAACAGUGGCAGGAGUACUUCAGACUGGUGGUCCUCUUCAGCCAGAUACAGCUGGACAAGUUCCAGGCAGAAUCUCAGGAGGGUAUUCAGAAAAUAUUAGCUGUGCAGGAUGAAUCUGCAAAUUUAAUUCAACACAUCCAAGAUUUCUUCCAGAGUUUGACAGAUGGCCCAUGCGAAGAUGAUGGUUAAGCAAACAACCACUGUAUCUUGGAUGCUGAAAUAAAAGACAAGAAAAGUCACACAGUUCAGAUAACAGUGUAAUUGGACAUUCACCUGUUUGCCAUUUCACACUUCCAUGGACGAAAAACUCACUCACCUCCCAGCAUGCUUUGCCACUCUUUUACUUACAGCAAAUCCAUAACAAUGAAACAGGUGACUUUCAUGCUGCUGUCAGGAACGAUCUAAUUUCAGCUCUGGGUGACUGAUUGCAAUUGGCUUUGCCUCAUCUGAUAAUUAAUCUAUGUCACCAUUAAUUGGAAGAGAGAAUAAUUACUGGCGGUGUUGACAGUGACUGUUCGCUUCCCCAGAUUUCCCCAUUGCGUUGGCCCAAAUAAAGGCUUUGCAAUUCAGUACUUAAAGUUUGCGUAAACUGUAACAAUAUCUAUGCCCAUGUGACACUUGCAAACACUCUGUCUAAUGUACUUUUGUUUUUGUGUUUACCAAUCUUCUUUAGCUCACUGAGAGCUGUCUCUCUCAAUCACUCCUCAAUGUUCUAUCUUAAUUUUGUGGAAGUUUAAAGUUUUCAAUGAGCUGGAGAUGAAUGAUUAAUGAAUAAAUUUAAAUGCUUCAUUUUGUCCA